UUAUGAGCUUGCUGAGAUUUCCUAUUUUCAAAAUAUUUACGAAAUGGAGUAUGGUCUGCAAGUAUUAUCAGCUGUUUCGUUGAUGGGAAUGGCGGCAAUUGAUGGUUUUACAUUAUACAAAGAGCGUUUUCGCCCUGAUUAUUUAGAAGAUUAUGAGAAAAUCGGCUACAAACACACUUUGGCAACAUUUUAUUCGAAAGCUUGUUUUUGGUGGCUGACUCCCCUGCUAUGGUUUGGUUAUAAAGAGCCCCUAGAAGUGGAAGAUUUGGGACAAAUGCGUUUGGAGGAUAGCGCGCGUGCGCAUUACGAUCAAUUCUUGUUGAUCUAUAAAACAGCAAAGGUGAAAAAUGGCGAUCGUCCACCCUCAUUGUGGCUUUGCUAUUUGCGUAGCAGCUGGAGAAUGUUUAUGUUGGGCGGACUACUGAAGCUUUGCGGUGAUUUAUUUGCAUUAAUUGGCCCACUUGCCAUUCAACAAAUUGUGCAGUAUAUCGAAACCAUGUACAAUACGACUUACGCGAAUUGGUUGCACUCAAAUAGCACUAACAACCACAACACAAGCGCCACGACUCUCAACGACAAUAUCAACAAUUCGAAUAUUGUGCAACGGGGUGUACGGGGGGGAAUUCAAUAUCUCUAUAGUGACCACAGAAACAACAAUGGUAGUGACAGUAGGAGUAGCAGCAGCAGCAGCAGCAGAUUUGGUAAUUUCCAUGACAGCAGUCGCAUUAGUUUGCAAACAGCAACAACAAAUUGGGUUACAAAUGCCUUGACAGCAAUCUUAACCACUAACAGUGCUGAUAGUAGCAUCAUUUCGGCUGCUAAUAGCAACAAUAACAAUAACUACCACAAUCACAAUUACAACAAGCACUUGAUCAGCCCAUCAGCUCAGGCCGCCGCAAUGAUAAGUGUGCCCAGUCCGUUAAGCGUUAGCCUCAGCAGCAUCAUCAACACUACCACCCACGCCACCACAAAUGAUAAUAAUCAAAUGUUGAAUGCCGGCAUCGAUUACAAUGGCAUUGAAGUGCAAAUUUACUAUCCGAAUUGGUUAGAUUUAGUGUCGAACGGUUGGGCUAUAGCUUGGCUGGUGCUGCUGGCCGCACUGGCGCAGGGCGCAUUCUCACAAGCCUCUACACACAUACUCAACAUGACAGGCAUACGAAUAAAGACAUCGCUACAGGGUUUAAUCUAUCGCAAAACAUUGUUGCUCAAUUCAAGUGUUGGACAAACAACAGCUGCCACUGGCGAUGGUGGAUAUAAUGAAGGAUAUGAUGAUGGAGACGAUGGUGGGACAAAAGGACAAAAAACGGAUGCGAGUGAAGUCGAUUCUGCUAUGGCAGCGGAAGAAGGUAAAGCAGGUGGCAAGGGUAAUGUUGAACCAGAUGUGGCUGGUGAGAACAAUGGCGGCGUAACAGAGAACGAUAUGGGCGGUUUGAGUGAUGUGGGCGCCAUAACAAAUCUGAUGUCGGAGGAUGCUUUGAAUGUCAUGUCAUUCUUUUGGAUAGCGCACUACGUAUGGGCGAUACCACUAAAGAUCGGCAUUGUUAUGUAUCUACUGUACCUUAAACUGGGCAUCAGCGCAAUUAUUGGUUCAUUUGUAUGCAUUCUAACGAUGACUCCACUGCAAUUUCUAAUCGGUCGCGCAAUGUCUUUCAAUACGGAAAAAGUAGCGAAAUGCGCUGAUCAGCGCCUCAGGAUGAUUCACGAUGUCUUAAUGGGUAUAAAAGCUAUAAAAUUUAAUGUGUGGACGGAAUCGUUUGUGCAUCGUAUUGAUAAGACGCGCAAAAAGGAAUUGAAAUAUUUAUGCUGGGACUCUUUUUAUUGGACAUUAAUGACCAUUCUCACACACAUAUCCAGCGUCCUCAUUAGCUACGUCACGCUAGCCGCAUAUGUCACGCUCGAAGGCGAUGCCAUGGAGUUCACCGCCAGUCGUUUAUUCUCCGCUUUGGCUCUUUUCCAACAGCUCACAGUGCCUCUACUCAUAUUCCCCAUAACCGUGCCCAUAAUUUUGUCCGCCGUCGUGUCGACCCGUCGACUUGAACGUUUUCUUAGCGCACGUGAAAUACACAAACAAUUCGAAGGUAUACGUCAUAUGGCACGCAUUCUCAGCAAAAGUGACGCCUCACUGGACUACUACGAGGUGCAGGACAAAUUAAACAAGGAAGCGGCGUUAAGUGAAAGCGGCAGCGGUGAUAGCCGCGGCUUAGGUUCGAAUAGUGAAAAGCAACGCGUGCAGCGUGAGAAUAAAUUAAACGAACGUCUAACGUUAAAACUGCACAUACCGGAGAGUCCAGCGCCAUUGGCGCAUUCAGAACCGCAAACGCCACUGAUUGCGUCCGACGCAACAGCUGUUGAUAAGAACUUGCUUACGCCGCGACGUAAUAGCGAAGAACACUUGCUGGGCAGCGCUAUGGGUCGUAAAAUGAGUCAGCAGCGACGCGAUUUGCUGCGUAAUAGCCCCUAUGUAGUGAUACGGCCACGUAAGUUUCCCGGCAGCGCCACAGCGCAGGCGCAUGCGCAGCUGACGCCGGCACAGCAGCUGGCGCAUAAGCAUAUGGAUUCGUGGAGUCGUGAUUCGUUGGUGUUGAAGUUGCCGGACGAUAUGGCGGUGUCGGUACGUGAUGCAUGUUUCUCAUGGCAUCCGCAACGCGGCGACGAGACGCAACGGCUGAGCGUGCACAAUGUGAUAGUGCCGCGUAGUAAACUCACUAUAGUGGUGGGUAAGAAUGGCAGUGGAAAGACGUCGUUGUUGUCUGCAUUGCUGAUGGAGAUGCCGUUGCUGCGGGGCGAUAUCAUCUGGAAUAAAACUUCGACCAUUGCUUUUGUGCCACAACAACCCUGGCUGCUCAAUGCUAAUAUACGUGAGAAUAUUUUAUUUGGUGAAUCAUUUCGUCCACGGCGUUAUGAUUUCGUAUUGGAGGCGUGUGCACUGAAACCGGAUAUUGAACUGAUGCCGGAUGCGGAUUUUACGGUGAUUGGUGAGCGUGGCAUUAAUUUGUCGGGAGGUCAGCGACAGCGUGUAGCCAUAGCGCGUGCACUUUACUCGUCGGCCAAUGUGGUGAUAAUGGAUGAUCCUUUCUCAUCGCUGGACAAUGAAGUGGCACGUCAUAUUUUUGAGCAGAGCAUACAACGUAUGUUGCUAAAGGCGAAACGUACCGUUAUAUUGGUGACACAACAGUUGCAACUGACACAGCAUGCGGAUUAUUUAAUUGUCAUGAAAAACGGUCAGCUGCAGGCCACAGGCGAUUACAAGGAAAUCGAAUUGAAAUAUCCGCAUAUCGUUGCCAAAUGGCAAACAGUAAUUGCCAAAGUCAAUCAGCAGGCAGAGGAUGAAGAGAGCAACGUGGCUGCUGCAGGGAGAACAGCGCGUGAACGUUGGAAAUUAUACCAGAAUGUUGCGAAAUUAGGCCUGCAGCGCACAAAGUCCAGCAAAGUUGUGGCAACAAAAAUAAAGGCGAAAGCAAAAGUAAAUAACGCUCGUACAGAGUUGCGCGAAAUUGUUUUGGAUAUGAAUGAAGGCGUUGGAGGCGAUAUGGCUUCCGCUGGCGAUGCAGUUGUAGCGAUAACUGGCCGUGAAGUUGGUCUGGCAGCGAUUGCUGACAAAGCUGACGACAUGACUACUGCUGCGGUUGUUAUGGACAACGUGGCUGAGUUUGAAGAAGUUGAGACUGUGGAGGAUGAAGACGAUGACGAUGACGGCGACGGCAACGGCAACGGCAACGGCGAUGACGAUAGCGAUGACGAGGACAAUGAAGAUGAAGAAGAAGAUUUGAUGCCUGUGUCCCUUCCAUCGAUAAGUCGUUGUCGCAGCGGUAGCACGUACAUAAACCGCAUUGGCAGCAUACACUCCGCCGGUUCCGGCUCGUCGCUCAGCACCAUCGGUGGUCGUACGCCGCUCAGUCGUCAGCGCUCUAGCCUGUAUGGGUCGCGCCACCUCUUCUAUGAUGCUCCACUGCCUAUCGAUGAAUGUCAAAUGGAGGAUGUGAUUUUGAGGCGACGUCGACGUUCUCAACGCUACCGGCGAAACUCUCAACAAGACCCACAACGCCCCAUUUCACUCAUCUCCACCGGCAGCAGUCGGCUGAGCGGCGUCAGCGCAUCAACCACAGUUUCAGCUGAGCUGCGACGCAGUCUCUUCACAAACAGCUUCGGCAGCAGUGCACCCAGUUACAUGAGCGGUGUUAGCGGCAAUAGUAUGUUGUCAGUGGAUACUGGCGUCGAUGUAGGGGGCGAACCAUUGCCAACGCGUACGCAGUCAUGGCAGCCACAAAGCACUGACAAUGGCGCUGUUGAUGGGGUUCUGGCAAGAAAGGGUCAUCAGAAAGUAGCGCGUAACAAAUCUUCGCCUGGCUGUUUGGUACAUAGCACACAACAGCAGCAAAUGAAAGGAAAUAUGGAUGCCGAUAGCGGAGUAGGUAACAGUUUUCAACAGUUUUUGCGUCGCAUGUCGAUGCGUCGUUCAGCUGCACAUCGCAAAGCGCGACCCGUUAGCGGUACAAACUCCAUAAGAAGUAUUACGGAGGAGGGCGCAACCAAUCAAACGACAUCUAUCUCAAGUUCGGUACCUUCAAUUGAGUUGAGUAGAGUAGCAACGCCUGAGGUAGCCGAAGAUCUAAAGGAUGCACCAAUUUCAGAGGAUGAUAGUUGGAUUGUUCAUAUCGAAAACGAAGAAGUAGCAGAUGCGAGUAUCGACUAUAAAACUUUGACAAACAUGACAAAUACCGCAAUGAACCGUGAUGAUGCCACGUCGCCAAAACGAAAAUACACAAUAAAGAGCAACAGGAGGAGCAUUAAAAGGUCAGCAGGUAGUGGUGCUGCUGUAACUGCCAGCACGUCUGUAGGCUACGACGUCGAACGAAAAUAUGGGAAAAUACCAGCCCACAUCUAUUUGUUGUACCUACGUGCGUCCGGUUGGCAAAUGGUGACGAUAUUCUUUUUGACGGCUCUGAUUUGGCAAGCUAUGCGUGUUUAUACGGAUGUUUGGCUACAACACUGGACCGACGAUGGUAGCACAGAUAAUGCCAACGCAUACGAUGGUAGUAGCGCUGGAGGCUACUGGGGGAAAGCUGAUGGUAUGACGAUGAUGGCUGUGUCACCACGACCAUCACCACCAUCCCCACCAGCAAUGAAGAGAUUUGAUAGAAUGGGAAUAUAUGCAGCAGUGGCAACAGCAGCGACAUCCAGGCCGGCGGCUGUCAUCAACACUGCUUACAAUAACACUAACAACAGUAAUAGCAGCUACAACAAUAAUGACACUGACAAUGGUCACGCCGAGGAUGUCACGUAUUAUUUUCACAUUUAUUCGGCGAUUUCGUGCGUUUGCAUUGCAAUGGCGGCGAUAUCGACACCAGCCGGUCAAUUGGCUGGCUGCAAUGCGCGCAGCAAUCUACACGACCAAUUGCUGUUGGCAAUUAUGCGAAAACCGUUGCACUUUUUCCAGGUGACCCCACUUGGACGACUGAUGAAUCGUUUCGGCAACGAUAUGGCCAUCAUCGAUAAGAAAAUUGCUGCCACCAGCCAACGGCUGUUACAAUUCUCACUACUCUGCUUAUGCGCUGUGCUCAUCAACGUCAGUAUUACGCCCUGGUUUAUACUCUUAACAGCGCCGAUUUGUAUUGUUUAUUAUGUCAUACAGAAAUUCUACAGGUGCUCAGCGAGAGAAUUGCAGCGUAUUGAAAACUUAACCAGUUCACCGGUCAUCUCUCACCUCUCAGAGACCAUACAGGGUGUAACCACCAUAAGGGCAUACAAUCAAGAGGCACGCUUCACCGAGAUACUCUUCAAACGAUUGGAAGCGAAUACGAUUGCAUUUACGAUCUUAAAUACGAGUAAUCGUUGGUUGGGCAUAUCGUUGGACUUACUUGGCGGUUUUAUUGUGUUCAUUGCGAUCAUAACCGCUUUGAUAGCAGCAUCUAUAAGUUGUAGUCGUUAUAAUAAAAAACUAAGCAAUAUUGCAACACACAUUCGUACACCCGAUUUGUUGACGCCUUCACCUUCAUUGGUCGGGUUGGCAAUCAACUAUACUCUCCUAAUACCGAUCUAUUUGAAUUGGGUUGUCAAGCUUCUAGCCGAUAUGGAAAUGUAUGUGGGUUCAGUGGAACGUAUUGCAUACUAUGCUGAAAUUGAUCAAAAUAUUGAAACACCGUUAGACAUAACUUGUGGCGAUACAGCUGCCAGUGAGAAAGGCAAAACAAAAUCAGCUGGGAAAUCGUCAAAAGAUUCGUGUGUAAAUUUUGAAGUGGCGCGUGUAGAGUUUUGUAAACCGAGGAGUUUAUCGGUGCCGAUGGUGUUGAGUAAUUACGAGUCGGUUCCAAUUUCCUGGCCUCGACAAGGUGAUAUCAGCUUCGAAAGUGUUAGUUUAUGCUACGAAGGUCAGAGGGAAAAGGUGAUAAAAAAUUUAACACUAAAAAUUCCGUAUGGACAAAGGAUCGGUAUUUGUGGCCGCACAGGCAGCGGUAAAUCUUCCUUAGCCAUGUCGCUGCCCGGUGUGCUACAAACCACCGCCGGACGCAUCUGCAUCGAUGAUGUGGACAUAACCAAAAUUCAUCCAGAUGAGGUGCGCAUGCGUGUAUCGAUGAUUCCACAGGAUGUGCAUAUUUUCAAUUUGAGCAUACGUGAAAAUCUUAAUCCUACCAACUACUAUGCCAUCUCUGAGCUGUGGGGUGCAUUGGACAAGGUGGGAUUGAUGAGUUUUGUCAAUCAAUUGCCUGAGAGUAUUGACACCAUUGUUGGCGAUGGCGGUGUGCAGCUGAGCGCCGGUCAACGGCAGCUGAUGUGCUUGGCGCGCAUACUUUUACGCGGUUCGGUGUGCUUGAUACUCGAUGAGGCGACCAGUUCCUUGGAUAGCGCCGCCGAGCAGGCGUUACUCACAGCGGUGCAUUGCUCAUUUCGUGGGCGUACAAUAAUAACUAUAGCUCAUCGCCUGUCGACAAUACUUGAUUAUGAUCGCAUUAUUGUUUUAGAGCAGGGUCGCAUUAUUGAGGAUGGCACACCAGCUGAGUUGCAGCAGCGUAAGGAGGGCGCUUUCUAUAGCCUUUUGCAUUCAGGGCGUCCUUUAAACUCCGUGGGUGGUGAGCCACUGCAGCACGAGAACAACAAGUGCAACAAGAAAUGAGUUCUUAAAGUUUAGGCUCCAUAGUUUUUUAUAUGCCGACGUGUGUAUGUAUGUGCAUUUAAGUUUCUAUUUAUACGCAUUUUAUUAUUGUGCCAUAUUUUGCCGUAUUUUGUAUUG